AUGUUUGAGCCGUUCCUGGAGUCACAUGGAUCUGAAAAGAAUCGGUCACAAAGUUUCUUUUUGCAGGAUCCUUCAACAAAUGAGAUAAAAAAUAAUUCAAUCCAUAGACACUGUAAAAUUGGGAAAGAUAGAGUUGAUCUCUGCUUGGAUUGCAUAGUGAAACUUGCAGACAAUUAUACUGGUCUUCAAGGAAAGUCACUUGAAAAUGUUAGUUGUCAGGCUCUAAUCCUAUUUAAACCCGUUACAGCAGCACACUCAAGCAUUCUGUCAAGGAAGGAAAAUGAAACACAAUUCAGUGCCUACGCGUUGGUGGUUAGCACAGAAAGCAUCAAUUCUGGUUAUUAUCUUGGCAAGGAUCGACCAAAACUUGUAACGAACUGUCUUUUCCGCAUGGGAGCCGCUGCCGUUCUCCUCUCCAACCGCUUCUCAGACUGCCACCCUUCCAAAUAUAAACUCAUGCACGUCGUGCGUACCCAUAAAGGAGCAGACGACAGAGCUUUCAAAAGUGUAUACCACGAACAAGAUGAAGAUGGAAAUGUUGGCAUAUCGGUCUCGAAAGGCCUAAUGGUAGUAGCUGGAGAAAAUCUCAAAUCAAAUAUAACAACUCUGGGGCCAUUGGUCCUUCCUAUGUCCGAGCAACUCCAUUUUUUUGCGUCCUCAAUUGCUAGAAGAAUAUUUAAAAUGAAGAAUAUCAAUCCAUAUAUCCCAGACUUUAAGCUGGCAUUUGAGCAUUUCUUCAUUCAUGCCGGAGGAACAGCAGUGUUGGAUGCGAUGGAUAAGAAUCUCGAGCUCACAGAAUGGCAUAUGGAGCCGUCGAGAAUGACACCGCACAGGUUUAGGAAUACAUCAAGUAGCUCAUUAUGGUAUGAGUUGGCCUACUCCGAGGCCAAAGGGAGGAUAAAGAAGGACGACAGAGCAUGGCAAAUAGGCUUUGGCUCAGGUUUCAAAUGCAACAAUAUUGUUUAA